UUAAUACAUGUUUUUGGUAUUCAUUUUAAUUAUUAACAUUGUGCUGGUGAAUGUGUCUUUUAUAGUGAGUGAUACUCUACUUCACUUGACUUUUAGAGCAUUUGUCCUCCCGGAGAUACAGGAAGCACAGCAAAAUGAAAUUUGACAGCAUUCUUGCAGAAAUUAAUGGAUUUGGAAAAUUCCAAAUUGUUCUAGUCUUGAUUCAGAUCCUGUCUCGAAUUACUUUGCCAUGUCACUUUCUGCUGAAUAAUUUCAUGGCAGCUGUUCCUUCGCAUCACUGCAACAUCGAUGCUUUGGAUACUGGAGCUGUCUUUGGAAAUUUAACUUUAGAUCAGAAAUUAGCCGUUGGUAUUCCAGCAGAGCGGGAUGGGACUCCAAGCUCCUGUCAGAUGUUUUCAGAGCCCCAAUAUGAAUAUCUGUUAGGCUCAAACAGCAGCAAAGGCUCAUUUACUGUUCAGUGUCAAAAUGGAUGGGUAUAUGACAAAAGCACUUUCAAGUCUACUUUGGCAACAGAGUGGGAUCUCGUGUGCAGCAGAAAAGGUAUGAACAAGGCAACUGCAACCAUUUUCUUUAUUGGUGUUAUGGUUGGAGCCCCAGUUUUUGGGUUUCUCAGUGACAGGUUUGGGCGACGUCCUCUUCUGCUCGUGUCUUAUCUGGCAUCCUUGAUAUUUGCAGUGCUGAGUGCAUUCUCCACCUCGUAUGUAAUGUUUGUCAUCUUGAGAUUUUUUACGGGCAUGUCACUCGCAGGAAUAAGCAUCAUGGCCAUUGUUUUGAAUGUUGAAUGGUUUAGCAUUGAACACAGGACUUUCUCUGGUGUGAUCAUAAGCCUGGAUUGGACAAUUGGGAACUGGAUCCUGGUUGGCACUGCAUAUUUUGUAAACGAGUGGAGGAAGCUGAUUCUAGCAGUUACCUCCCCCCUGAUUCUGUCUAUCAUUGCUUGGAGGUGGCUUCCAGAGUCUGCUAGGUGGCUUGUAGCCAAAGGAAAGACAGAUGCUGCUCAUCAUUACAUAAUGAAAUGUGCCAAGAUGAACAACAGAUCUAAGUGCAUGGCCACCAUCACACCAGCGACAUUACUGGAAUGUGCAGAAACUGAACAUGGCGCUAAGAAGUACACUUUUGUAGAUCUUUUCAGAACCCCAAAUAUUAGAAAACUUGCUAUAUACUCAGGAAUGCUAUGGUUUGGCGUUGCAUUUACAUACUAUGGAAUAACUCUGAAUAUCACAGGAUUUGGACUGAACCCAUACCUAACACAGUUCAUAUUUGCAUCCAUUGAAAUGCCCAUGAAGAUUGGCGUCUAUUACUUCCUGGAGAAAGUUGGGAGAAAGCAUGGCCAGAUGGGUUCCAUGCUAUUAACUGGUCUCUGUCUCUUCAUCAACAUCUUUGUUCCAAAAGAUAAAUGGACUGUUCGUACUGUUGUGGCAGUUCUUGGAAAAUCUAUGUCAGAGGCCUCGUUCACUAUCAUGUAUCUUUACACAACUGAGCUUUACCCUACGGUCGUACGACAAAAUGGCUUAGGCUACACCUCAUUUCUUGCACGACUUGGCGUGUCCAUUUCUCCACUCAUUGUACUAUUGGAAGAUCUGUGGCAUCUCCUCCCUGCAGCCACUUACUGUGCAGUGGCAGUUGGAACUGGUUUAGUUGCUUCACUUCUGCCCGAAACAUUAAACACCCGACUGCCAGAGUUCAUCGAAGAUAUUGAGAAACCAAGGAGACAGUCACCAAGGAAGGAGAUUCAAUAAGAAAAACACAGUCAUCAAUAAUAAGACUUAUAAUGAUUGGAUCUUAACUGAUUUUUAAGUAGUAAAGUUACCAUGUUACAACUUCAAAGAUCAUCAUUGUUGAAAUGCUCAACGAGUGUCAAUAAACGUAAUGUUAACACCACUAUUAUUCACUUGUCAUUCACUAGUCUUGUCAUGUUUCACUGUAUACAACACAUUUCAUUAGCAAAUGAAAAGAUAGGCUGGUAUUGAUAGUGAAUCGAUGGUGAUGCUUACUUUACUUUAUUGAGUUUAUUUACUUCCAUGCUUUAUUGACUUCCACUUUCCAUGCAUGCUUUUUUUUUUUAAAUUAGGACAUUUCCAUCCUACCAUCCUCAGUAUAAAGUAAAUGUUUGGCCUGUUAGGUGCACACAAGUUAUUGUUUUCCACCACCUUCAAAUCUACUCUGGCUACAGAGGUGAGAUUCAAUAUUUCCAUUUAAAAACCAGGAAAUGAAUACCAGUCCUAAAUCAGCUAAAGUUCUUCUUUCGGCCAUCCUCCCUUCUAGUGGGAUCUGGUUUGUGAUAAGACAUAAACCAACAGAAAAACACAGCUACCAUUGUCUUCAUUGGGGUCAUGGUUGGAGCAGCAGUUUUUGACCAUCUUACUGACAAAAUAGGUUGAAGAUGGACUCGAGGCAGGUUGUUCCUGGUGACUGGGAUGUUCAUGUUCUGCAGCAUGUUUAUCCAUCUAGUUAUAUGA